AUGGCGCGCAGGAGCCAGCACGCUCUCUUGCUCCUCUCGGCCGUCAUGGCCUCCCUCGUCGCCGGCUCGACCGCCGGGGUGUACCACAUCGUAGGCGCCGGCAAAGGGUGGCGGCUUCCCCCCAACAAGACGUACUACGAGGACUGGGCUCGCACCAGGAACAUCAGCAUCGGCGACAAACUGAUGUUUCUGUACAGGAGCGGGGUGUACAACAUCGUGGAGGUGCCGACCAGGGCGCGCUUCGACGAGUGCAGCAUGAGCAACAUCACCAACCGGUACCAGAGCGGGCCGACCAUCAUCGAGCUCACCCAGCCGGGACCGCGCUACUACUUCGACGGCGUCGGCGAGCACUGCGAGGUCGGACAGAAGCUCGCCAUCAACGUCUCCGCCGUCGCGCCGCCGCCGCCCGACGCGCCCACCAGCUCCAGCUCGGUCGCCCUGAUCUACUACCCCGCCGGCCUCGCCGCCGGCCUGGUGUCCGCGUUGCUAAUGACAAUGUAAUUGGCACGCCACAGCAUGGCGAUUCCUCACAGCGUAUAAAACCAGUGGCAUGCAUGUGAUUGUUGUACGUGGUCGGACUAGGAACGUUCCUUCGGCUUCGG